UAAUAUCUUUGAUUUUGAUAUCAAGAAGUAUAUUAAAAUUGCUGCAAGAAAAUUGCAGCAGAACGACCAAUUAAAGAGAAAUAAAUGUUAUAUUAGCUGUGAAGAUAGAAAGUACUCAAUUUUUUUCAUAUAAUUGACAGAAUUUAAAAUUUCAAGAAACCUUAGAACUUCUAAUAUAUUUUCAAAAGUAUAAUUUGAUUUUACAAUAAUCUCUUAUUAUCUGUUAAUAUUGAAUGUUUAUAGUUUACUUUAAUAAUAUUAUUCUCUCUCUCUAAUGUUUAAAAAACCUUGUCAUUAAUAAUUUUUACAUCUAUUUAAUGUAUAACAUCUGCUAUAACAUUGUAAUAACAGCUAUUAUUGAUUUAAAUUUGCAUUUCUAUUGUGCUUUCAUUCAAUUUCUUACAACUUGGGAAUUUUCUUAAACGUUUAAAUAAAAUACCGGUUGAUGAAACAAGUAAAUUGUAAAGUGAGGAGAACAUUUGUGAAACAUUAAUUCGUCACUCGUGUUCACAUAGUUAAGUAUCGAUCUAUAAUCGUGAUCGACCGCGUGCAGUAGUCGUAGCGCGAAUUUUAAAUCAUGUUAGCACAUUCUUGCUAAAUGUCACUUCAAUAGCCUUUUAACGCCCCGUCGCUCUAUUUUCAAGCUUCUCUAUUUUUACCGAUCGACUGUACAGCUUGACGGGUGGAAGGUAGUAGGAGAAAUAGAGGCACUACUAGGAGAGGGGAAGGUCUAGUAAAUAAGUAUCCUACGAAUGCGGGAACCGCUUCAGUCCGCGUUACAAUUAGUUCGACCGUUUACCGUUAAUCGUAAGGCUCGAAUGAAAAAUCCCUUCCGCGAUGACCGCCACAUUUCGUUCCGUUUGAGCGUCCGACGAAAUGAAUACGAUAGAGGACUGUUUUUCUCACGGCGAUCAUUAUUAUUAUUAUUAUUAUUAUUAUUAUUAUUAAUCGAAACGAACUGUCGUUACUCGCCUGUAACCCCUUUACAUGCCAAUCUAAAAAAUGGAUAGUGCCGCAACUUUAGUGCUAUUCGCCUUGAUAGUCUCAUUCGUCGGCGAUGCCGCGGCAUCGUGCAGAAAGGUGGCGAAUGAGGAGAUGGUGGAGUACGUCUGCGAGGGCGGCCACCCCGCUGAUUUGGCCGCCGUGCCCGAGACGGCCGAGAAACUGCGAAUCACUAAGAUGCCGCUUCGCAGAAUAACCACCGAUACGUUCUCGAGAUUUGGCGGGAAUCUUUGGGUAUUGAGCUGUUCGCACUGCGAGAUUACCGACAUCGACCCGGACGCCUUUCGACGCUUAGUUAAUCUUCAGCAGCUCAACUUGGACAGCAACCGCUUGACUACCGUCAGAGCGUCGUGGUUCGAGGGUCUCGUGUAUCUGACGUAUCUCGAUCUCAGCUACAACGACAUACGCGACAUCGAGGACGGUGUCUACCGGAAUCUGCCCGGUCUCGUGGACCUCAGGGUCUCGGGAAAUCGACUGCGAUGCCUGAACCUCGACGAGAUGGCACACCUGAGGGAACUGAAGCGCAUGUACCUCAGCGAGAAUUCCGACUUUGCCUGUCCGCACGCCGUCAGCAAGUUCCUCGAGAACCAGGGCGUUACUUUCGAGCAGGAUCCCGAGUGGCGAAGACUCGCCAGUGACAUGAUUGACGUUCACGUGCCACCGAGCAACGCGGAGGAAGACAAGGAGGAGACCGUGCCGGCGCAUCGCGAGAGGUUACAUCCCGACAGGAGACCACCCCCGGAGGAAUCGGGAGGGCCUCACGCGGACAGAGACAGGGCGUUUUAUCCGUACGGGGAGCAUCGUCCGCGCCAUAGAAGACCGCAGACCACGACUGUGCGACCGAAGCAGCGACCGGAGGAACCUUUGCCGCGAGUGGAGCCGAGGUUUCCGGACGCAAGACCCCCGCACGUACCGUCGGAGACGUUAAACACGAUACCGGAAACGCCACCAGCGUCGCCUUCGGAGGACAUGAAGAUAUCGUCGGGACCAUCGCGAACGGAGCACACCUUAACGUAUCCGGAUCCGACACGCGAAACGACUCCCUAUUGGCCAUACUCGACGCCGGAAAGAUCGCGAACACCACCCGUGCCAACGGCUCCGUUGUCGGAGGACAGAGUAGCCGGAACGGAACAUACAUUAACGUACCCGCCGUCGUACAUUCCCACGUAUGAAACGACGUUGCAUCCGACGUCGGUGGGAUCGCGAGUUCCAGGAUCCGAGGACGAAACCAGAAGAGAAUCCGGGAGACCGUCGCAGGGAAGUACCGCGACGUAUCCGCUAUAUAUCACGACGUCCGAUGGCCUGGAGAGAAUGCCGCCCGGGUCCGCUCCGCUGUUCAACGUUUCGGAAAUGAUCAUGUGGGAAACGGACGACUCGCUCGAGCGUCCGACCGAUCCCUCCUGGGUGGAGGAACGUCACGAGCAAUCUCGCCGUCCCGCUGGCGAGAGCGACAGAACGGCGUGGUCGACGAGAACGCCGUACUACGGGCACGACCCACGUGAAAUGAUCGUCGAGGAGUCGUCGUCGCCGUCGCCGAGGAGGAGGAUCGACGAGGACGACCGCGCCACGGAUCGUCCCGUACAAUACGAUCCGUCGCGGAUCACGACGACGGCGUCGACCACGCAUUACGUCAGGCCCUCGCCGCCGGAGCUGAUGCACUCACCGUCGACGGACGAGUUCUAUCAGGCACCGUACUACGAGCCGACGGUGACCGUGCAUCCGCCGAUGCAGAAAUAUCAGAAUAGCCACGGGACGGGCGUUCGUCCGAUAGACACGACGACGAAUUGUCCGGAGAACUCGGCACCGACGUUCCAAUCGGUCGCUGCGCCAAUGACACUCGUCGUCACCGCCGUUCUUGGACGCGCCCUCGUCGAGAGAUUUUAGAGCGCGCGCUUCCCUCAUCACCGAGAUCGGCGGGAUAAAUUUUCUUUAAGAGCAUUAGGGAAAAAAACAAAAGCGAACUGACGUCCCGCCGAUCUAAGGAACGCAUUCGUGUUGUGGAUCUGGACCCUCGAGCGCGCAUUUAUAUAUUUAACGUUGCAACUUUUCCUCAUAGCUACUGAGCAUUUCCCCAAUAAGACGCUUCAUAGGAUUAUUAACCAGAGAUAAUUAGCGAGAGUGGUCAAGACGGGGUGAAGCUUUCUUCGGAACUGAAAAUUC